UUCAGUAUCUUCCAUGGUUCGACAAUCCUUUUUUCCUUCUGUUUAGUGCUCCACAUAUAUUCCGUGAAAGUUGCAACGAUUCCCUUACUGGGAUGUGCAAAUUUGAUGCUUUCGAUUUUUGUCUGCUAGGAUUCCCUACUUUGUGCUAAUUGGUUCCAUUGAAUGAGGGUUGGAACUUUUAAGGCUUAGUGUAUUUCAAUAAUGUUUAUGCUAAAUGCAUGCGAUUUGUGAAAUUGAUUGCCUUUUACUUGCGAAUUGGAUUAUGUUUUAGCAGAGUUUAAGUAGGAGUUGAUACCUAAUUAGUCUGUUCUUCGCUUCUUGCUGAUAUUCAUUUCUCCCUCCGACCUCCAGAAGCAUUUUCAGGUUCAUGAAAGAGGGAUGAUGAAGUCUGCUGGACAUGCUUUGCUUUCUUCUUUUACACCUCCUUAUAUUUUCCCCAAAAAUAACUAUCGCAGAUUCCCUCCAAAUUUACUUUGUGGAACUUCAUCUUCUAAAUCAAGGAAGUUAUACGCAUACCAACAAAACCAUCAUUCACAUCCCAAAUCUUCAAUGGUUGUGGAACAGUAUUUACCUCCUUGGUUCAGUGUUGCCCCAAUGAUGGAAUGGACAGAUAAUCAUUAUAGAACUAUGGCCCGCCUUGUAACUAAACAUGCAUGGCUGUAUACAGAAAUGCUUGCUGCAGAAACAAUUGUUUAUCAGGAGAAGAAUUUGGACAGAUUUCUAGCUUUUUCUCCAGAACAACAUCCGAUUGUACUUCAAAUUGGUGGAAACAACUUGGAAAAUCUUGCAAAAGCAACUCGACUAGCAAACAGAUAUGGCUAUGAUGAAAUUAACUUAAAUUGUGGAUGCCCUAGUCCAAAGGUAGCAGGACAUGGUUGUUUUGGUGUGCGUCUUAUGCUUGAUCCAAAGUUUGUUGCUGAGGCUAUGUGUGUGAUUGCUGCUAAUACGGAUGCUCCAGUUAGUGUUAAAUGUCGUAUUGGUGUUGAUGAUCAUGAUUCAUAUGAACAACUCUGUGAUUUUAUAUAUAAAGUUUCUUCUCAAUCGCCAACUAGACAUUUCAUAAUACAUUCAAGAAAGGCAUUACUUAAUGGAAUUAGCCCUGCUGAUAAUCGCAAAAUUCCUCCUUUGAAAUAUGAGUACUUCUAUGCCCUCCUUCGCGACUUUCCAGACCUCCGAUUUACAAUUAAUGGAGGCAUAAAUAGCAUCGAUGAGGUACGCGCAGCACAACAAGAAGGAGCUCAUGGUGUUAUGGUUGGUCGUGCUGCCUAUCACAAUUCAUGGUCCAUGUUAGGGAAUGUUGACACUGAAAUAUAUGGGGCCCCACCUAGUGGUGUCACUCGUCGUCAGGUGUUGGAGAAGUACCAGGUGUAUGCAGAUUCAGUCAUAGGAAUGUAUGGAAAUAGUAAACCAAGUCUCCGUGAUUUGGUUAAGCCUUUAUAUGGACUAUUUUGGGGGGAGCCAGGAAACGGUGUGUGGAAGCGCAAUGCGGAUUCUGCUUUCCAUCAAUGCAAGACAUUCAAAUCUCUGAUGGAGGAGACUAUAAUGGCAAUUCCUGAUUCAGUAUUGGAUUCACCCAUUGUUGCUUCAUCAUCUACAACUCGUGUAGAUAAAUUUCUUGAUUCCAAGAAUUUCCUACCAUUGCCUUAUACGCCUAAGGAACAAGAACAAGAACAAGAGUUGUUGUAUGCUUAGGGGUUAUGUGAUAGCUUCUUAAUGGAACCAUUCAGAGGUCAUCGUCACUGAAUCAAUCAGGCAACCUCUUCUCUGAACCAUUAAGAGGCUGAAGUCAUUGGACACUAAAUGGUUUUUAGUUUUAUCCAACAAUCUCUUAGUUUGUUAUCACAUUACAAUUUUUUGUUCCAUAACCUUAUACUUGUGCACUA